UCGAUAGGAUCGCAAGAAGGGGCCAAACAAAACAAGAUCUAAACUUGUGGCAGAUCACUAAAGCGCUGUCGAUAUUUCUGCACCAUCAUGCCUGGAUUUACAUGCUGCGUUCCUGGAUGUUAUAAUAACUCGCACCGUGACCGCGAGCUGCGCUUUUACACCUUUCCGAAGGACCCGACUCAGCGCGAGAUCUGGCUGAAGAACAUCUCCCGGGCCGGAGUCAGCGGCUGCUUCAGCACUUUUCAGCCCACCACCGGUCACCGCGUCUGCAGUGUGCAUUUUGCUGGAGGCAGAAAAACAUACACAAUACGAGUCCCGACCCUUUUUCCACUGCGCGGAGUCAAUGAGAGGAGGAAUCGGCGGGGCAGGGGAAGGAAGGUGUCUGCGCUUCUGCCUAUUAUCACCAGCGUAGUGUCCAUGAGCAAUGAGACGCCGGGAGAAGCUGCUACUGAUGAAUCUGGAAACAGCGAGGUUACAGUGGUGCAGAUUGGACAGAAUGGUCAGUACAUCUCGCCUGUGGAUAUCGCUGCUGAGGGAAACGAGGCAUGUUCACCACUGGUAUUGAAAUCAGAAGAGCCGACCGUGGUAAGCGUGAUCCCCUCACAGUCCGGCCAGUGUCUGGCGUUGUGUGGCGAUGAGCACUCGUACUCGUUGACCAACGGCACAACUUCAGCUGAACUUUUGAGAAAGCUGAACGAACAGCGCGACAUUAUCGCCCUUAUGGAGGUAAAGAUGAAAGAGAUGAAGAACACAAUCCAGCAACUGCGCAUCAGUGAAGCGCGCCUGCAGGAGGAGCUCCGCGAGAGAGAUCGCAUGUUAACUGCUGGAGCUGCUGUUAAAAAGAAAUUGUGACUAACCAGAGACACGUGCAAAAAGUUUUUUAAAACAGUGUAUAAGUGUUUGCGGGGAGACAAUGAAUUUACUCACUGUAGCUAUUAUGAUAGUCACCCUUCUUGUCUUUAGACUCAUUCUAAACAGAGUGUAAUUGGGCGUAAGUAAAUACUCGAGGCAAUUUGUUUUCACUUAAAAGUAGCCUAUGUACUUUUGACCAUUGGGUGGCUUGUUAAUUAUUUGUAUUGUAAGUUCAUAGUGGUGUUGCACAGCACAACUUUUUUUUUUUUUUUUUUUUUCUUUUAAAGGAGGUGGAUUCCUCCAUGUUCAUGGUAUGUUAUUCAAACAUAAACAUGAUUAAAAUCACGACAAGGCGGGUAAACUUUGCAGUUUUAUAAACCUUUCCUGAAAUGAAUUUAGCAGACGUUUGAGAUAAGAAUACAUGAAUUAAUUUUAAAUCAUAAUGAAUUAUAGUGUUCCUGUGAAAACAUUUGUACAUGAUGCAAUGCAUCUCAUGAUAUUAAUGUUUGCAGCUGGUGUUAAUUUUAUACAUUUCUUAGUUCAGUCAUUUUUUCCUGUUUCAAAAUAUUUGUGUGCUUUUCCCAUGGUUGCCAGUUCUGAAAAAAAUAUCCAAGUAGGUGUAUUGGCCAAUAUAAAUUGCCUGUAGGUUAAAUGUGAUUCCCUGCACCCUGUACUUUUAGAAUGGACUUAAAACAUAGCAACCCUGAUUAUAAAAGUAGGUGCUAAAACGAAUAAAAUGAGGUUGAAAAAUAUCAGCUCCAUGGUGAAUCAGCUGUUUGUAUUGCGGCAUUAACUUUUUUUCUGAUUUAGAUCCCAUAUCUGGUAACUUCAGUCUCUGCACCCACAGCAACCCUGGUCACACAAUAAAGUGGAUGCUAAAAACAAAUACAUUUGUUGUGCAAUGUUGCAGCUGAUAGUGAUGGUGCCCCAGAUCUACAGUAUCUUGGAUUUGAUUGUUGCUUUCAGUUACAGUCUGUGUGGUUUGUUCUCAUGUCUGCAUGUGUUUCAUCCUUUCUCCAAAAAAAAUAAAACAACAACAUAGGCUACUCUUAAUUGGUAAUAUACGUUCGUGUAGGAUAUCCUGUAAUAUACGGAAGCCUUGUGCAGCUUUUAUUAUGCCCUGUGUUUCUGGGAUAUAGAAUAUUGCUAACAUUGUCAUAUUGCUCACCUUAAUCUGUGUACAAGUAGGUUUUCCUACCACAAUGAGCACACAACAUAGACUGAAAAGCCUAAUUCAUUUUUUUCCCUUAAGAUGUAGCACAUUUCAAUACUGCCACAUGAAAUCAACUAUGCUUUCAUAUACUGCGACUGUUGUUUCAUUGUGUGAAGGUGUCAAAGUGUUUGCAUAUUUAGCAUCCUUUGUUUCACAUAUGUUAAUAUAACUGACAAAUUGAUUUGUUUUAAAUUUGUAGACCAUAACACAUUUGCAAGAAAUUAGUGAAAGUUAA